GGCCCUAGAGCUCUUCUUUCCCCAACUUCUUCCGUAUUCCUAUUCUUUCAAUUCGUAUAGAAAAGAAUACCAGGUAGCCAAUCAUCAGUUUUACAGUUAGAAAACGCUCGGAGUGGCCGCGCGGAAAAUCGGCCGAGAAAAUGGAAAAGGACGGAAAAGGUAAAGGGUUCCGGGGCAACAGGGGUGGCACGCAAAGUCUCACGUUGAUUGCGUGGACACCGGGCAUCGGGCGCUCACGUGGCUCCCCACCUUUCCGGCGUGCGUGAGCCCGCUCCCUUCCGACGCUCCUUUCGCCGUGGCUUCGCUUCGGUUUCCCCCACUCCGUGUCCUCGCGUGGCUGUUCCCCUCCAUCCAGACGACGGCGGACUGUCCUCCAAAGCUCGAGUGCGACGGCAGCGCCGCGACGCCUGCCGCUCCGCAGUAACGCGAUUGCUCUCGUCGAGUGUACAGGCGUUCGCGGUCCGUACCGCUCGUUGCUUCGUGACACGCACCGCGCGUUUGUCCCGCGUCACCGUGUUUUCUCUUGUUCGUUCCCCGUAGUGUCGAUCGCGUGUCGGUGGCUCGAGUGUUCUCAGUGAUCGUACCCCCGACGGUAGUUUAGUGAUACGAAGAAGCAAGCCAUUCCCUCGGCGAGGGAACGAAUUCCCCGAGGUGGACGGGUUCGGGUGUCGGAGUCGAGCAAUCGGGAGUCUCGUAUCGCGAUCGAACCGCUUGCCAGCGAUCGUCCUGCGUCUCGGAGCGUCGCGGACUAUGCCGGAACGCGGUCAGCCGGUUGCUCGAAAGCAACGUGCCCGUCCGAGCCUGAUGUUUGGGUCGCCCAGUGGUGACUGAAACCGCGAUACGGGAUGCAAAAGAUCCCGCGGGUGUCGGCGGCGAGCGUUGCCAGAAGGAGGAGAGGAAGGGCGGCAGGAUGGGCGGGAGACGAAGAGUGCUGUUGGUCCGCGACGUAGGUGUGCACCGGGACGCCGACGACGUGACGGCCACGUGCCCCCGCGGAUGCGUCGAUGGCCGUUGGCAUUAACUGCGUUAGUAGUACUAACUCGGUACUCGUCCCGUAGGUAGUUAGUCGAGCGAUACGGUCAACGCACAACCGUGUUCUCAGCGUGUGGCAUAAACAGGAUUGCCAAGUGUGUGAUUUCGUAGUGUGCCUGUGAUUUCUUACUAAAGUGCACCGUGACUUCGGGGAUCUUUGGUGUUCUUUGUUCGUCGAGGUAGUUUUAACGCAAGACUUGUAUGCAAUAUCGCUCCGUGGUUUGAUAAACGCGAACAGGUGGCAGUGUAUCUCGAUUAAGGUCGCAGAUCGAAUCCAGCGAAGAAGAGGAACGCUGGCGCGUAACGGUGGACUCGUCACGGGAUGUUGAUACGAGAAACGUGCAAGAGUAUCGAGAAACUUGAAACGCUUGACACACGAGGUGUGCCGUCCCUUCCGUCCGACGUGCCCGUAUCGAGGACACGUGGUUGCUCCGGUUGACGCGCGUAGCGUGUAUACAGGAAAGUGCAAGUACUUGGAUGAGCUUCUAAGCAGGGUCUAGUUUCGGAGCUUAACUCUUCGUCGACUACGUACGGUGUAAAUUGGACGCGGGAGGACCACUGGAGGUGCGCGAUACGACUAGAUCAGAGUUUUGGUAGAAUCUUAUCGGUGAAAAUUUGUUGGAUCGUGAACAUCUCGUGUCGAUCGUCGAGAUCAGGGAAGGAGACGGUUCGGAAUCGAGGAGGGACAGAUUCCCGCGCUCGUACCCUAGUCAUCCGACCGGCGGGAGUUCGAGGAGAGGGUUAAGAGCGUCGUGGAGGGGGGAGUGAUGCCGGUAAGGGUGGCACAGCGCCCCCCAGGUGGAAUACCACUCCACGCCGGCGUGCCGGUAGCGCCCAGCAGCGUAACCGCCCCCGGUCCGUCGGGCCGGUGCCUCGGGGGCCCGGCAGCGCCUCCCGCCGGCUCGCCACCGCUGCCGCCGUCCUUGCAAUCCUUCGGCGGCGGCGUGAGCAACGCCAGCAGCAGCGCCCCUGGCGCCGCAAGCAACGGCAACACCAACGGUAACGCCGGGAACAACGGCCUGAACAACAACAUUGUCGGCCUGAACAACAAUUUAGUCGGCGCGAACAACAACAUCGGCAGCAACAGCGGCCUAGGCGUCAACACGACAAGCGGCGCCACGAAUCCCUUGCAGGCGAUGGCGUCGGCAGCGGCCUCGCUAACACAACUUAACAACAUGGCGAACGGACCGCUGCCGCCGCUAGGGGCCACAGGACCAACCGGACCACCUAGUUUACCUCCGCCUCAGCCCGCCACCACGCCGACUCAUGGGGGUCCGCCGACGCCGCACGCCGGCGUCACCGGUGGACCCCAUCUAAACGGGGCUUCUCCGAGCCCUCACCCCAUGCCACCCCAUGGAAUGAUGAGCGGUUCUCCUCACGCUCCGCACCCCCAUAUGGGCGGCGGAGGACCCUCGCCUCAUCCCCAUCACCCCGGUCCUCACAUGGUCGGCUCGCCGCACCACCCUGGACCGCAUCCCAUGGGCCCCGGCGCUGGCAUGAUGGGCCCGGCUGGUAUGCAGCCUCAGGGGGCGCCCGGGAUGUGCGGUCCAGGACCUACCGGCCCGAUGGGGCCCCAUGCUCAUCCGCAAGGACCCGGUGUACCUGGACAGCCCCACAUGCACAACGACCCCUUCUACUGCUCGCCUUUCGGAUCCCACUACUUCAGAUCGUUGCCUGUCCCCAGGAGGCAUACUCCGUACUUUGGCCAGCCGGACUACAGGCUCUACGAGUUGAACAAGAGGUUACAGCAGCGCACCGAGGAAAGCGACAACCUUUGGUGGGACGCAUUCGCGACCGAAUUCUUCGAAGACGACGCGACCUUGACCCUCACGUUCUGCUUGGAGGAUGGACCCAAGAGAUACACGAUAGGCAGGACGUUAAUACCUAGGUACUUCCGCUCAAUAUUCGAGGGCGGAGUGACGGAACUUUACUACAAUUUGAAGCACCCGAAGGAGUCAUUUCACAAUACCAGCAUAACCCUCGACUGUGAUCACUGCGUUAUGGUCACGCACCAUGGGAAACCAAUGUUCACGAAGGUAUGCACGGAGGGUAGAUUAAUAUUGGAAUUCACCUUCGACGACCUUAUGAGGAUAAAGUCGUGGCACAUGUCGGUGAGGACGCACAAGGAGCUAGUGCCUAGGUCCAUGGUCGGUAUGCAACAGGACCCGACGGUGCUCGAGCAGCUCAGCAAGAACAUCACCAGGCAGGGCAUCACCAAUUCCACCUUGAACUACCUUAGGUUAUGCGUGAUCUUGGAGCCGAUGCAGGAGCUAAUGUCGAGGCACAAGGCGUACGCGUUGUCACCGCGGGACUGCUUGAAGACGACCUUGUUCCAGAAAUGGCAGAGGAUGGUUGCCCCGCCGGGUAAGAGAGAGUCCCAGAGGCCGGCCAGCAAAAGAAGAAAGCGGAAGGGCAGCACGUCGGGCCCGGGGAACAACGCGCCCCCGGCGCCGAGCAAAAAGAGAUCGCCGGGGCCUAAUUUUUCUCUGGCGUCGCAGGACGUGAUGGUUGUGGGUGAACCGUCGCUGAUGGGAGGCGAUUUCGGCGACGAAGACGAACGGUUGAUCACGAGGUUGGAGAACACCCAAUACGACGCCGCGAACAGUCUGGAUCCGCACAGUCACGACACGUCCGGUGGACCACCCCCGCAUCCUCACCAAUUCCACUCGGAACCGACACCGGGGAACUCUUGGCCGCCAGAUCGUGGUCCUGGCCCGCCACAGGGAGGACCCGGUAGCCAGGGUGUGCAAGGCGGCCAGGGUGGGGCGCAGUCAGGUGUACAGGGAUCGCAGGACAACAGUCAGCAACAACAAGACAAGAAGAGCCCCGCGGUGAGCCAGUGAGGCCAGGAGUCCCCGCGCCCCCCCACCAGGGGGCGACGGGGGCGCAGGCCCAAGAACGUGGCUCCCUAGCGGGGCGAGAACUCUAACCUCCCCGGCGCCUACCUGGCCUCGUCAGGCCCCGCGGCCGGCCGGCUGUCCCACGUCGGCGUGCACCCGUUGGCCUGUCAUCACCAGACCGGGCUGUCGAGCCACCACGCGGAACAGCACGUGCAAUUGAGCCACGC